GUCGCAUUGUCGUGAAUCGGCCGCCGUCGGCAUUGGAAUGAAUUGAAUAAUAAUUUAUCCGGCAUCAGUGACUCUUGGUGUAACGUGUAAUAACUACAGACACCCAAUACGCAAUUGAUUCGUCAUCUCGACUCACAAGUGCAGUCAUUUCCUCCAAUUCACCGUCAGCCGAUUCAAGGGCAAGUGUAUGUGUGUGCAUUGUAAUUACAACAUGGCUGACGUACCCCAAACUCAAGUUACCCCGGAGUUUUUCAUUAGUUUUUUUGUAUUCUGUGGCAUUCCAACGUCAAGUGUCACCCUCGUGCUGGUUUAAGCGAGGAAGAAAUGUCGUGAUUUAUUUUUCGGUAUUUUUCGUAAUUUGGUGAUUGGAUUACUGAAGAGCAAUCAUGUCAACUAGGUCUCAACUCACCAAGGAUUUAAAUGAAUCUGUGAAGGCUCUUCUCGGAAAACACGUCAAGAUUUUACUCAAAAACGUCGUCAAACUUGAGACCAAGCCCGACAAGCAGGAAAAUAGGGUUCUGGUAUUUUCACCAUGUCGUCUGUUUUUGUUGACUGCCAAAGUUCCUACACGUAUCGAUUGUCACUUCCACUACCUAGAGAUCACCUCGAUAGAAUCGCGUCGACCAAACCAGCUAUGCCUAACCGCGGGAGAUCGCACCUACAAUUUCCAAACAACAGGCACCCUAGGAACUACCGAUACAACCGAAAUAGACGCAAUGAUAGAAGCCCUCCACACAGCGAUUCGCAACAUAUUCCCCACAGUCCCCCUGAACUACGUGAUCCGUAAGAUCGACGUGAUCCCAGCAAGUAGACUCCAAAGUAUCCGAGGUUCAGAAUUAGCCCGAAGUACAGAAGCCACCCGAACCACAGGCCCAUGCGGUGGCUUCUCCACGCAAUACGCCUGCAUGUGUGACCUCCACAGCGUCCAAUACCGCGACGAGGUAGCCUGGGACGUGGACACAAUCUACCUCUCCCACGACACCCGCGAGCUAAACCUCCGGGAUUUCGAUCAUCUCGAGCAAAAGGACCUGGUGCCAAUAAUAUCAGCCCUCGAGUACAACACGUGGUUCACAAAAUUCCGUACAUCGCACAUGAAACUCUCCCACGAAUGCCUAGAGAGACUUCUCCACGUUGUAAGAAGAUCCCUCUCCAUCCAAGAAAUGUAUCUCGAUAACUUAGGAAUAAAAUGGGACUUUGCGCAUAAAUUGUCACUAGCCUUAAUAGCAAACAGCAAUACAGUUCUCCACACAAUUGAUCUCUCCAACAACAUAAUUGAGGACAAGGGUGCAACCAGUCUCUGCGGAAUAAUAGCCAAAUUGACCCAGGGUAGUCACCUGAGUGGUGGCAGUGCAAUAGGUAAUCUACCAAAAGGCAUGCAAAAGCUGAACCUGUCUCGCUGCGGUCUGACAUCAAAGGGCAUCGCCCAAAUAGCCCACGCCCUCAGUCUAAACCGCAGCAUGCCAACAAGCUUGCGCUCCCUCAAUCUCUCCGAGAACAGUAUAAAAGACGAUAUCAAUAAUCUGUGUAACUACCUUGCCCAGCCGAAUAGCUUAACUCAUCUCGAUCUUGCUGGCACUGAUACAACACUCGAGUGCCUAUUUGGGGCAUUAUUACGUGGCUGUGCUACAAAUCUAGUCCACUUGAACGUCGCUAGAAACUCAUUCACAAGCAAGAAAACCAAAGAGAUACCUCCUAGUUUUAAACAGUUCUUCACAGCAACACUUUCACUCAAAUAUCUCAACAUUUCGUAUUGUAAAUUACCACUUGAGGCGCUCAAGCAUCUGCUGCUCGGUCUUGCUUGCAACGAGAGUACAGUUGGUCUUGAGCUUGAUAUGAGUGGCAAUAAUCUGGGAUCUAUGGGAGCACACGUCCUCGAGAGUUGCAUUCAUGGUGUGCGGUGUAUCGCGUCGUUGGAUAUAUCGGAUAGUAAUAUGGACGUUGAUCUUGCGCAAGUUAUAACGGCUAUUGGUAAGAACAAAUCGCUGAAGCAUCUGUACAUGGGGAGGAACACAGCGGGAAUGAAGAGUAAGCAUAUAUCAGUUGUGAUGGACUGCCUUGUGCAGAUGAUUCAGGAGGACGACUGUGUCUUGCAAAGCCUUCACAUACCGGAUUCAAGGUUGAAGGGGGAUCUGUACAGCUUGAUCAAUGCUUUGGGGAGCAACACUUGCCUUCAUACGUUGGACAUCAGUGGUAAUCAGAUCGGCGAUCCCGGUGCUAGACUUCUGGCCAAAGCCCUGCAGAUCAAUAACCACCUCAGGACGAUAGUAUAUGAUAAGAAUAAUAUAACUCUGCAGGGUUAUGCGGAUAUCGUUCAUGCUCUUGAGAAGAACUACUCGGUUAGGUACAUGCCAUUCCCCAUUUACGAUCUGCAACCCUGCAUGAAAACCUCGGCUGAACGGGCUGAACAGCUGGCCAAGAAGCUGCAGGAUAUGCUGCAGAGGAAUGUCACUCCCUGCAAGUACUCGCAUGGCCAGGCCUUCAGGCUACAGCAGGGUUUCUUACUGAGUUCUACUCAACAAGUUGUGGAUAGACUGGUGGUGCAGACUCAGGAUACUAUUAAGACGCUGGCGGCUGAGAGUUGUGAUGCUAAUAAUGAUAUUAAUUAUGCGACUGGACUCAUUCAGGACGCCGAUAACUCGAAGCAGCUGCUGCCCAGGCUGCACGAGGUGCUGCAGAAGAGAGAUGAGAAGAAUCCUAUUGAGUACAAGCUGAGGGAGAUUGCGGAUGAUGUGCACAGGGUUGUUAGCGAGUACUUGGAGGACUCGUUGGAGUCCAUUCUCAAGUGCGCUAAUGAUCAUUGUCCGACGGUUAUGUCGCAGACGGUUGUCAGGGGCGAUGAGAGCGAGCCGAUAUCUAUCGAUCAGGAUCUCAGGAAUGCUUGCAAGGAGAAGAACCAAAUUAGUAAUGAGUUUAUCAACUCGUGUAUUGUUGAGCAAGCUGGGACUGAUAUUGUUAAUAGAGUUAAUGAGCUGAAUCUGGCGGUCGCUGCUCAUGUCUCGGAUAGGGUGACUGAUGAGGUCAUUGAGUCACUGUCCAGGAGCUACAAGACACUCAUUGGAGAUAGCGCUGAUAGGACUAGGAGCAGUACACCGGAUGUGCUCAGGCCAAGCGCUAGCUCCAUCAGCAGUGGAAGUGUUAUUGGAAUUAAUCCGAGUAUUGGGACGUCGGGGAAUAAUGAGGAGCACAUUUAUGCGGUUGUUUCGCAUGCCUCUUCCACUACGGACAACUCCGGAACUAUGGGAGGGGAUGGAGCUUCCAGCACUACCACCUUGGAGGAUGGGUAUCCCUCGGGGAUUCUGGGGCCGCAGGGGGAGAAGGACGAUCAGUCGCCAGUGAAGCUGGAGUAUUUGAAUCUUGCAACUCCGCACUUGUCAAACAAGCGCAAGAGCCUCCACGGUCGAAAACUGCGUCCAAAAUCGGUAGUAGACUCCGUGGAGGGUCUCUCCGCGGACGACAUUCCAAACUUACUGCCAAGUCUUCCAAAAGACACAACCGAGGGAACGUCGGAGAACGAGCAUUCCUUAACAGAAUCCUUGGAUUCGAUAUCAGAGCUUCCGAACACGGCGGGUCAGCAGCUCCAGCACCUCGUGAAGACCCGCCCCAAGAGGGCGAAAACACGCGCCCCCACGCGCCCGAUGUUGCGAUCAGAUCCACUCCCGGUGGAUUCUCUGGCUCUCGGUGAGGGUUUGGACGUGUUCUUCAGGCCCACAACCCCAACGACACCCCUCAUAUCGCCGACCAGUGACGACAGCUCUUUGCAUACUUUCCCCAUUGACGGAAGUCCUAAUUUAUCGUUAACAAGCCACCGAAGUGUUCCACCAGAGACGGAGAAGAAGCCGCACGGCUGCAGUUCUCCGAUGCUGAAGACUCUCCUUGAACCCGCGCCCAGAUCGCGCUCCAGUGAUAAUCUGGAGAAGUUCUCGCCCUUGACGGGGCGCAGGUCCCAGGGGGAUACGCCACUCACUGCCUCACCGCUGGUGCGAAGGAGUACGGAGAACCCUGAGGGGGAGCAGAGGAAGAGGGGAGCACUGCCCAUCACCAACGCGGUGGUGUCACCCUCGUCGUCUCCGACCUCUGGGAAAGACGACACUUGUCCGUCCGGUGAUGUGCAGAAGGGACAGGCGAGUUUUGGAAAGGGCGGGGUCAAAGCGUUGACUGGGAAUUGCGAGCAGAAGGCGAAUUCUGGGGGGAUCAGGGGGGGCAAACCGGCACCACCGGCUAUCGCGCCCAAACCGAGACCCUGGAGCAUGAGUAACGACAGGAAAUCUGGUGAGUUCAACAAUCUAUUGAGUGAUGGGUCGAGUCCAAAUACCUCAGCGGGAAAUACUCCAGAUUCGGGUGAUGCUUUAGACGAAUCAAUCGAUAGUGGUGUGAGUGGACCAGCCUCAUUACCUCCAACUCUAUCAUCAAGCAGUACAGUUAGUUCACUGAGCAGCAGUAGUGUUGAAAAACGAUCAGUCAGAGAACUCGCAGCGAGUCUAAAUAAAGGGAAGACCGAUCGGAAGGAGAAUGAGCAAACGCAAGUACCCUGGAGGUCGUUGCUUCAUCGUCCCGUUGACCCCAAUAAGGUACAGCAGCCAUUGAAAAAGGAUGAGGAAGGACGAAUUAAUUUUAAACUCCGAAGAACAUCAUUUCUCCGCGAUUCGAAUUUCAAUUACGACAACGAUGUCGUAGACGUUUGACAGAUUAAUUUUCUCUUCCAUUAUUAAUGAUUUUAUUCAACAUUCCAGUUUCUAACAUGUGCCAUUAGCAAACAAAUUAGACAUUCAAUGAACUUACGUGUUUGCCAAGGCCUAAUUAUUUCAUUUUACCGAAUGAAUUUACGUUCCAAGGCUGGUUUUCACGGUGAGACUAGUCAAUUUAUCAUUGCUCUCAUUCGUUUAAGGAAAGUGUAAGACGAAGACAUACAUAUAGCGUUCGUUCCAUGAUCUAAUUAGUGACUAAUUGCCAAUAAUAUUAAAAAUGAAAAUUAUAGGCUUAAGUGAAAUUUUUUUAAACUUCGCUCUCUAAUGAUAAAAUCAACUGGCAACUUUCAAGGUUUUUUUAUUUCUCCAUUGAGUGAGUGGUGUCACGAACCAACUAUUGGUUUGUAAUAUUUAUAUGUAAAUAUUUAUACAAUUUUUAGAUAAUGAAAUUAGUUUAGUAGAGUUAUGGGCACUAUGUACGAUCGAGUCAAUUGUUUUUGCUUAAAUUCAUGUCAUGUAAGUAAUUAUUGAGACAAUUUUAUCUGUCGAGCGAUUUGCAUUCAUUAUUGGGGUAUUGUCGUUUUAUUUUUAGUUAGUAUCCAUCAUGCAUGGGCUCAUUGUGCCAAAAGAGAGUCGAGAAUGGGAAUCAAUUGAUAGAACAUCAAAUGUACCUUGUAUGAUACUGUAGAAUUUUUUUAACAACUUUCCACAAUGUGUUUUAACGACUGUACAACGGGUCAGGCAAUUGCGACCAAAUAUUAAUAUUUAUCGUUCUACAUUAGAUCUGCAAUAUUUUUUUCCAGUGUUUUAUUUUCGAACUUUUUUUACUCGUCAUCUUCGUUUUUUUAAUAUGAAUAUGUAACACUUGUAUGAAUUUGAUUAUUGCGAUGAUAUUUUUAUCACGUAUUAUGAUAUUAUUGGCAUAGAAAAGUGAUAUAAUCGAUAAAUAAAAAAUUAUGCAAAUGAA